AUGUCGGACGAAGAAAAUUCAUCGAGCUCCGAAUUACCGGUGCAAAAUAAGCUUAAAAAGAUGCUGAAAAUGGCUCUUCCCCAUGUUGGUCUUGCCGUUUUUUUGUUUCUUUAUCUUCUUUUAGGUGCCUACGCAUUCUAUUACCAGGAGUAUGAUGCAGAUAAGAAGAUUCAGAUGACAAAAUUGCAUUUAAUUCGUCAAAGAUACAGAAAAAUCGAGAACGAAACAACCACCGGAUAUGCUUAUGCUACUCCUGUCACUCCAAUCGGUCAAAGUUUUGCUAUCAUCUACGGGCUAGUUGGUAUCCCUCUAAUGGUCUUAGCAGCAGUGGACUUUGGAAGGUUCCUCUCCCAUAUUGUUCUGGAAAUUUAUUCCAAAUACUUGGAUCUAGUUCACAAACUGAAAAUAAUGAAAACAGUGAUUAUGGAGAGACAUCGUGCCCGUGAUGAGAAACGACGUCUUCAUGCUUUCAAACGGCUUGUUCAGGAUACCGGAUCCACAAUUUCAGAGUGUACAACACAAAAAGAUGUUCCAUUAGAAGAAGAACAAACAACGGAUUCUGAUGAGAUGCCAGAAAAGAGACUUCCUCUUGUUAUAAAUGCUUCAAUCCUUCUGAUAUUCUGUAUGCUUGGAGGGGUACUGUACAUUGCCGCUGGAGGACGUGCCACAUUCAUUGAAUCGUUUUUUCUUACCUUCAAUUUGGUUGCUAAUUUGACAAUGAGUGAAAUGCCCACUGAGCUCAAUCACAUUCUUACAAUUAUUUAUAUUUUUGUUUUUGUUACAUGUGUUCUUUCAAUGAGUGCUGAAUUGGCGGCGUUGGAAUUGAAGGAACUUUUCAUGAAAAUUCAUUAUUUCGGACGUCGAAUCAAUUUCAAAAGAAGGCAACCGAAGAAAGAGCAAAUGGACGUUCAAGUGAAAGAACUUUUGAAAAUCAUAGAAGAAAUCAGGAAGAGAUAUCCAGAAAAGGAGAAAAUCACAACCAUGGACAUUCUAGAAUACAUGCACGAAAACACUGUAAACGACAAAUUGAACGAAAGAAGAGAUACGAUUGCGUUCAUGCCGCAAACAAUGGAGGUCAUCAAGUUUGCAGAUGAGCAAGAUUUGGAAGAACGAAGUUUCUCACGUCAUGAAGAUGUUGCUUCUCUGGGAGGAAAAGCUUCGACAAAGCUCGCUUCUGUAGUUGAUGUUAUGAGCUUCUCACCAGAGGAGAACAUGGAGAAGCGGUUCAAGAAAGAAAUUCGAAAGUAUACUACGGAAAUCAAAUAUGUCAACAAAAGAGGUCAAAUCACUAACAAAGCUGAGCUAUAA